UGUUUCCUCUUGCACGGGCACACUUUGUUUUCGAUUCCGUUCUCUCCACCUUCAGUCGGAAUUUUGGCCUCCCCGUCGUAACGAAUCGUAUCCCGGCCUUGGCAAAUUCUCGCGCUCCCUUUUCGGGCUGGCAGUGAUAUGUGUAAUCAACAUUCAUCUUCUUAACGUGCGACGGUCGACUAGACAAUGACGUUUUUCACAGGAAUUAAUUACGUUUUUGUGAAUGGCGUCGGCUCGUUUUACGUUUUCACAUAAAAAUACAGUGAAAGAUAUUUUGGUAAUUGAAACUUCAGAAAUGUGCAUCGCUGAUGAAACGUGCACUUCAAUAGAUAAUUAAUACGCUACAGGAUUUUGUGUCUUUCUUUUCGCAUUGAAAGGAUUUUUAUUUCGAGAUUAGAGAUUGAAUCGCGAGUGUACGAUGCGAAAGUUUCGAAUUAAGGAACGAUUCGAAAAUAGUUCAUUGAGCGCGGGGGUGGGCAAUCAACGAGGAUCAAUGGCGGUCGAUGUUUUGGACGAGGACCACUUCGCGGUGAGCGCGAUCGUCACCAUCGGCAUGCAAAUCAUCUUCUUCACGAUCGCUGCGACCUUCCAACUGGACAAGCUGACGGAUUUCGCCGGCGGCACGAACUUCAUCAUCCUCGCUCUCCUCACUUUCUUUCUCGGCCAAGUGGGCAAGCCGUAUGACAGUAGGCAAUUAAUGGUUACCAUAUUCGUUUGCUUAUGGGGCUUUCGUCUCUCUGCGUAUUUACUGUAUCGCAUCCUUAAAAUUGGUCGCGAUAAGAGAUUUGAAGAUCGUCGUAGCAACAUAAUCCGUUUUGCUGUGUUUUGGACAUUUCAGGCUGUUUGGGUUUACGUGGUCAGUUUACCGGUGAUCAUUAUCAACUCGCCGCGACACAAAAUACCACCGGCUCCUAAAACGAUGACGCCUCUGGAUAGUACCGGCACCGGUCUAUUCGUGACUGGUUUGUUAGCCGAAACUUAUGCCGACUUACAAAAAUUUUCAUUCAAGCAGGAUCCUGUGAACAAUGGCAAAUGGUGCAACGAUGGUUUAUGGCGGCUUUCGAGGCAUCCAAACUAUUUCGGAGAAAUAGUGGUGUGGUGGGGCAUAUUCGUGAUAUCAUUGAACGUAAUUGAAGGCUUCGAAUGGAUCGCUAUAGCUUCCCCGAUCUUCACCACACUCAUUAUUCUAUUCUUAUCCGGGAUGCCUCUGUUGGAAAAAGCCGCCGAUGAGAGAUAUCGCGACAAUGCCGAGUAUCGUUAUUAUAAACAGUCCACGUCGCCGCUGAUACCAAUGCCGCCGUCCUUCUAUGUCGAGGUUCCGCGCUUCCUGAAAUUCCUCUUCUGCUGCGAGUUCCCGCUUUACGAUUCAUUAGACGUGAAACCACGUGCAGCUGUCACUGAAUCAACGUCGAUAAGCCUCGCAGCGUCCACGUAGCUAUAACCACACGCCGGGCAAACGAAUCCCAAGUCCGGCGUGCAAUCAUCCACGGCUAAUACAGCCUUAUAAAACGGUUGUUUUGGCUGUUUGCAUUUAACCGUUCGUACGGUUCAUUUGAGUUGUGCGACUCGAUUGGAAGUCCUCAUGAUCUCGGCUCUUGUUAGCAAACAAAUGAACUCGAUCGAACAAUAAAUCGCAAAUGUGGAAGUAACGUGUUAUGAUAUCUUGAAUGGAGGAAGUCGUUUAUUUUAAGAAUUUUUAAGGACUCUCCAAGAAAAAUGCAUAAUUACACUACCUCGAACAUGAUCGAUUUCGAAAUCGAGAUCAUCAUGAUACUUAGACUGUAAUACAAAUGGAAAACAUAUAGUUUGCUAAACUUUCUUCCUUUUCGUAAAACACAGUUGAUUUAUGAUUGUACGAGUGCGUAAUUUUUUUACAAGGAUUUUGCAGGUACAAUUUGUUUGCGAACGGAAGUAAUUAGAACAGAAUUGUGGAGAGUAUUUUUAGAUCAGUAGGGACCAUACGUUAACAAUAUUAAAUGCGCUUACAUCUAUUUUUACACGUCUAGGAAUUUAUUGGCUUUUAAAAGAGUGACUUGCUUAGGUUGCUUAGCAAGUUCUUAUUUUCAAAGUUUAUUAGUCUAAAACUAGAGACGUUAUUUUUCUUUUAAGUAUUCUUUCGAGAAGAGUUAAUGACAAACAUUAUGUCCGAACGAGUUAAUCAUGCAUAGAUGAUAAAAGAAAAUCGUUAUAUAGUUAUCGUCAAAUUAAAAAAAUAUAAGAGGCUGAAUAAUUCUACAUAAGUUGAUCAUAGCAUUAAAUUAUAGCAAUACUAUACAUAUCUCAGUGCCGAGUAGAAGAUCGUAAAAGCUAUAAUUAUUAAAGAAAAAGUAUUAUUUAGCUGUAUUCUUUUACAAAAAAUCGUCACGAAGCUAUAAGUGUUGUUAAAUUUUUAUCACGAAAUUAAACUUGUCACAGCACGUUGCUAAUUAUCUACGUACACGCACUUACAAAAAAAAAGAAUACAGCUAGAGGUGAACAAUUUACGCCAAAUUAGAAGUAUUAUAUCGCUAACGAUCGUUCAGACAUUGUACGACUUGUACAUUGUUAUAUAAAUCUCCAGAUUUUAGAUAAUAAAGGAAAAAUGGUAAUCAACCAUGCCUUUAUUCUACGUCUACGUCUUUCAAUGUUAUCUUCUUCGUUUCAUGGCACGUAAAUGAUCUGUAUGUACCUAUUAGUACCUAAAUGAACUAGCACUAAACAAAAUAUCUUCGAUGUAAUCACUCCACUUUUUUUAAUAAAGUAUUACUAUAAUGUUGUAUGCGAACUCAAAAAUUAUAUCGAGUUCAUCAGAAGGAAUUAUCAAUCUUACAACUUAUAAAUAAUGACGAAUGUACACAUCUGUUGAUCUUCAAAAAUUGUUAAUGAAGAAUUAAAAUGAAAAUGUAAUCACAAAUGUUAAAAAUAAAAGUUUCAAUGACAAGAA